GGUAAUGGCGUAUAUGACCGAACACGUACUGGGGGCGGGGUUAGUGAAGGAGCCGUGAGUGGUGGAACGCAGAGGGGAGAAGAAAACCCCCUCGUGCUACGGAGCAAUGGAUCGGUCCGGCCCUGUUCCUGGCCGCCGGUGAGCGAGUUGGGAGGUUGCAAUUCGGCGGUUUGGGGGUGCAUGUAGGGCUGAGCUGUGUUAAGGUACAAGGUGAGGUGCGUUUAUUGUUCUGCUGGAGGAGUGUGAAGCUUCUCCCACCCAAAGGCUGCGCUGCCAUUUAGUACCCUCCAGUUACAGACGGAGCAGCAGAAGUGGCGGAGCCGGAGCCAUGGAUGAGAGCGCUCUGCACAUUAAGGAGGAGCCGUGUGAGAUUGGUCAGAGUGAGUUUUUGGUGGAGGAGCAAGAGACCGUAGCUAAGGAAGAGAAUGUUAGUGAGGACUGGGGGGCUGAGGCUUUUGCUGGAGAAGAGACAGAGGAUUACCCCCAGGACAAGGACAGCUGUGGAUUUAUUUGCCCAGAAUGUGGGAAAACCUUCGAGUCUCAGUUUCUGCUGAGUGUCCAUGAGGCAACGCACGUGAGAGAGAGUCAUGUGUGUCCAGCCUGUGGCCAGACCUUUGUACAACGCUCCUCUCUUGUGCGCCACCAGACCUUGUACUGCGCGGGCAACUGUCAGCUUUCCACCAGUUCCUCCUCUCCUGCUCUCAGUGUCCCAUCCAGUUACAGAUGCGGCGUGUGUCAUAUGGUGCUGCCCGGCCCCAACGAGCUGCGCAGACAUCUGGUGAGUCACAAAGGUGCGAGGCGUUACACGUGCAAAGAGUGCAACCGCACAUUCAGCUGUAACUACUUCCUGGUGCAUCACCAGAAGACUCACUCCCGGGAGCACCCGUUUGUCUGUCCCCAGUGCAACAAGAGCUUCAGCUGCAGCUCCGUCCUGUACCGACACCAGCGCUUGCACAUGGGGGUGCAGCCGUACAAGUGUGAGCUGUGUGUCAAACGCUUCUCCCAGAAGAGCAGUCUCAUCACUCACAUGAGAACUCACACGGGAGAGCGCCCGUAUUCCUGUCAGCUCUGCGGGAAAAGUUUCUCUACCAACUCCGCUCUGAUCCGGCACCAACAAAGGCACCAGCAGGGAAAGCUGCACACACCUCUAGAGAAUCAGGAGAAUGAAGCCAAUGACAAGGACGGGAAAUGGAAACUGCCCAAAAUCCUACUGAGAAAAGCAGCCGAUGGCUUCUCCUUUACCGCUGUGGGGGACAGGAAGUGGGUGGAACAGCAGAUGGAUUGUGGGAGGAUACAAGGAAAACUGGUGAUGGAAAUGCACAUUGAUGAUGAGAAGGUGGAUAUAAAGAAAGACUAUGAUGAAGUUCCAGGAGGAGAAUGCCGUUUCCUGACACGGAGUCCAGUUAAAGUAGAGAACAGUGAGGGGCACAGCACUGGUAGCCCACAGCACAGUUCAGAAGCCCCCAUGCCACAGAGGACACACCCUAGAGACAGGCCUUUUAUUUGCAGGGGCUGUGGUAAAAGCUUUGGCCACCAGUCUUCACUUAUAAGGCACCGCCGGUCCCACUGCAGCCGCAAGCAAAUGAAAUGCAUGAGUGCUGAUGUGAGUGGAAGCCUGGACCAGUCCCUUUAUAAAUGUGGGGUGUGCAGUGCAGCCUUCACAGACAGAGCGCAGCUGAAGAGACACCUGAGCAGCCACAGUGGGGAGCUGCUAUACUGGUGCAAGGACUGCGGGCGCAGGUUUAACUCCAACUACUUCCUGGUCCGGCACCAGAGGAUCCACACUGGCGAUAAACCCUUCCAGUGCCAGGUUUGUCAGAGAGCUUUCUCCCAGAAGACCACCCUAGUGAUUCACCUGAGAUCUCACACCGGGGAGCGUCCUUACCUGUGUCAAGUCUGCGGCAAGGGCUUCUGCUCUCGCUCAGCAUUGGUCCGCCAUCAUCACAGUGAGAAGGACAAGGAGAGAGGUGGGCAGCAGAAGAAGUUGAAGGCAUCUCGGAGGAGGAAGGAGGUGCAGAAGCCCAGGGGUGGAGCUAAACAGAAGAAGUUAUCGAGCGUGGAUAAGGAGAGCAUGCGUAAGGUAGUGAUACAUGAUGAGGAUUUUGAGAUCAUUCACACUCCUGCACCAAAAGGAAGCGGGAGGAGCUCCGUGGCGUGUCCUGACUGCGGCAAGACGUUCAAAUCCCAGACGCAUUUAACGAUCCACAGUCGCAUGCACACGGGGGAGAGGCCCUUCUCCUGUGCCUGUGGCAAAAGCUUCGGCCACCGCUCAACUCUCAUUCGGCACAGAAACUUCCACUGUAAUGUUAAGUCCGACAUGGUUAUCCCGACCCAUGCGGCCACUCCCACCCAGCGCAUUUAUAAAUGCGGCAUCUGUCACUCCAACUUCCCCAGCACCGGUGAGCUGAAGAAGCACUUGGGCAGUCACACAGGGGAGCAGCGCUACACAUGCACCGACUGCGGCCGCACCUUUAAUGGGAACUUUUAUCUGGUGCGUCACCAGCGGACCCACACCGGGGAGCGUCCCUUUGUCUGCCACCGCUGCAACAAAAGCUUCAAGUGCAGCUCCGUACUGUACCGGCACCAGCGCACACACUAUGGGGAGAUGCCCUUUAAAUGCGAGGCAUGCGGCAAGGGCUUCUCUCAAAAGACCAGUCUGAUUAUUCACCAGAGGACUCACACCGGAGAGCGGCCAUACCUGUGCCACAUCUGUGACCGGAGCUUCUGCUCUAGCGCUGCCCUCUCCCGACAUGUGCAAAGUCACUUAUUUGAUGGAAUCACCUCAGUGCAGAGUGUUGUGGAGCAGCACCCAGAAGAGGCUGAUUUUACAAACGGCUCUGUAGGAGAGGAGGCGGGUGAGGCUGGAGAGGAGGCGGGUGAGGCUGGAGAGGUCGGGGAUCCGUCUAAAGAUGAGGACUUUUGGGAGGGCAGUGACCAGUCCCUUGAUUCUCUGAAAGACAAAGGCAGCGAGACGGAUUUCCAUAACGGAGCCGAGGGCAGUUGGACAGAUCCUGCUCCAGAGAUAGAGAAAAGCAAUGAGGAUCUACAGAUUAUUGAAGUGCCGGAGAAUGAGGCAGGGGGGUUUAUCUGCCCCGAAUGUGGCAAAUUCUUUAACUCCCAGUCUCUUCUCCGUCAGCACCAGAGAGUUCACAGUGCAGCCCCGAGCCAUUUCAUGUGCCCGCACUGUGGCAAAGCCUUCAUCCAAAGCUCCUCUCUGGAGCGUCACAUGAGUUCCUACUGUAAACUGCGUCCCGUGCUGGGUCCAAGAGAAGCCAUCAAGGUCAUUCCGGCCGUUCAGCCAAUGAACAAGUGCGGCAUCUGUGAUGUCACGUUCCCAAGCCGCAAUGAGCUGAGGAAACAUCUGGCUGGCCACACGGGCAACGAGCCGUACACAUGCAAAGACUGCGGCCGCACAUUCAGCUGCAACUACUUCCUGGUGCGACACCAGCGGGCCCACACAGGCGAGCGCCCCUUUAUCUGCCCCCAGUGCAACAAGAGCUUCAGAUGUAGUUCCGUCCUGUACCGGCACCAGCGCUCACAUUCCGGGGAGCUGCCGUUUAAAUGUGAGGUGUGUGACAAGGGCUUUGGGCAGAAGAGCACCCUCAUCAUCCACCUGCGGACUCACACGGGAGAGCGACCCUACCCCUGCCCCCACUGCGGCCGCUGUUUCUGCUCCAGUUCUGCUCUGGCCCGACACGAGCAAACUCACAAGAAGAACAUAGAUGUUAAAAACUUGGCCUGAUAGGAUGGAAUGUCCAGUGGCGAUUGCAAGCUCUGUGGGACAGGGGCUUGUUGCUCCUGAGUGAUGAUAAACAGGAGACUGUCAUGAAAUAAUUAACUUUUUUUAUAUGCCAUUUCCUUUCUUACAAAGUCACGCUCUUACUUUGUGUCACACCAGAGGCUCAGAAUUCAUAUCUACACUUUAAAGGAUACGUAAACCUUUAAAAUAAAUGCAUGGAAAACUGAUGGGGUGCUAUUCUAAGCACUUUUGCAAUGUAUAUUUUAAUUCCAAGAUAUAAUUAAGGGAUACAUGUACUGUUAAUAUGA